UUGAUGGCGUCUGCUUGUGAAAUUUUUACAGCAUUGCACUUUCUUGUUCUUGAACGAAAAUUACAUAGGCGGUUUAUUUGACAUGACAAUUUAGUUUUAAAAUUGAAAAGUUGAACAAGUUUCGUUCGGUCUAGUGUACGAUUUAUAAAAAUGUUGGAAAAGUACGAAGUAAAUUUAUUAGUCUCAAAUGUGUUGAACGAAUGCCGUUUUAGCCACUGCAGGUUAUGCCUAAGAGGUAUAGAAAAAGAGUACGUUACACUAAAAGAUUUUGUCGAGAUGGACUUUCUAACCGACGAUGCUCAGCUUCUUCCUGAAUUCUUUGGCCAGGUGCUUUCUUCGGAGAGUAAGGCUGAAGGAAAGAUCGCUGGCGUUGACGCUGUGUGCUUGAGCUGUGUUGAAAAUAUGCUUGAAAUGAUGACUUUCAUUAAAAUGUGUAAAAGUUCUAAUGACCUGCUACACAACGUUUUUAAUGGAUUAACAGAAGCAUUAAAUGUUGAACUUGAUACCACUAAUAAUAAAGCAGUCUACGUCUUUGUGGAAGAGCAUGAAUCUAAACUUCAUCCAGUUAAAAAAGACAAUACAGAUAAUGAGAAUUUUAAUGCACUGAAACUGAGACAUGAGAGGAAAACAAAACAAUACGAAUGUACAAAAUGUGACAUGUUGUUGGACAACCUGCUUGAAAUAAAAGCUCACAACUUUAGUUUUCAUUAUGAAAUUACCUGUGACGUUUGUUAUGAGAGUUUUUCAAAUGAGUCGGAUUUGGAAAAUCAUUCAGUUAUGGCACACCGAUACGGAUGCGACGAAUGCGGUAUUCGUAUGGACACUGACACGGAGCUGUUCAGUCACAUCAGAAAAAACCACAAAGUUUAUGUGUGCAAAGACUGUGGAGUUUCCUGUGAAGGCGUUGACAAGCUGCAGAUACAUGAACGGAGGCAUCUUUUUUCCAAAAAAAGCAAAUGCCCUAAAUGUGGUAAACUAUACACUUCAAAGGAUUUCUAUGAAAGGCAUGUGAAAUUAUGUUUGGAGGACAAGUUGGACCCGCAUCCGUUUAGAACUGAAAUGGUAAAAACAUAUAUUUGUGACCUGUGCGGGAAGGGCUACAGUACCCCCGGCGGGCUCCGGGUCCACGAGAGGUUCACGCACGGCAACGCCAAACCACAUGAAUGUGAAUAUUGCGGGAAGCAGUUCACCGCUCCCAGUUACUUGAAGACCCACAUGUUAAAACAUACAGGAGAGAAGAAUUUUAAGUGUACAAUAUGUAACAGAAGAUUUGUGUCUAAAGAAGCCUUAUUGUAUCAUACCAGAAGACACACUGGCGAGAAGCCGUAUUCUUGCAAGUAUUGCAACGAGAGGUUCGUUAAUGCGUCUGCUAGAGCGGAACAUGUGAAAUUUAAACACGUGGGUCCAAAACUGUCCUGCGAGAUCUGUUCCCGCAAGUUCGUGACGGCUUCCUUCUUGAAGCUGCACAUGAACCGGCACAGCGACCCCACCAGUAAGAUGUACGUGUCGCGGACGCUGCCGCCCAACAUGCCGGGCGAUGAAAAUAAAAAGAUUAGAUUUGCGAUCCUGAAAUAACAUAGGAUCUCAAUCAAACUUGUGAAUCUAGUUUGAAAAAUAAUAUGCCAUAAUAGACUGAAAUAGAAGCAAUGAAUUGAAUGAUUUGUUUAAUCUGGAAAUCAUAUCUUUCAUAGAAUCAUAAUCAAAUUAGUUACUGAAAUAGUGCCUGAU